AUGUAUUGCUUCGAAAAGCCCCUGCACCAGCGACCGUCUGUCCGAAGCUUCUACCAGACUAGUCAGCUGUAUAGUUCAGGUGAAGCGACAAAAGACAAGAAGAUCAAGUGCACGUUGAUUCCCGGCGAUGGAGUCGGUCCUGAACUGGUCAAUUCUGUCAAGGAGGUUUACUCGGCCAUCGGCGUUCCGGUGGAGUUUGAGGAGCUCUUUCUCAGUGAGAUUUACCCUUCAAUGAGCGUUCCAGUUGAGACGGUGAUUGAGUCAAUUCAACGCAAUGGAAUCUGCUUGAAAGGCAUUCUCUCGACUCCGUUCAGUAGCUACGCUGGUGAGCUGCAGACGCUGAACAUGAAAGUUCGCCGAGACUUGGAUCUGUACGCCAAUGUUGUGCACAUCAAGAGUUUUCCCGGUAUCAAGACGAAGCACGAGAAUCUGGAUUUCUUUGUCAUCCGAGAGCAAACAGAGGGAGAGUACAGCGCUCUGGAGCACGAAAGUGUUCCCGGAGUUAUUGAGUGCAUGAAAAUUAUCACUGAAGAAAAGUCGAGACGAAUUGCAAAGUUCGCUUUUGAUUACGCUACCAAGCACGGCCGCAAGAAGGUGACGUGCGUGCACAAGGCAAACAUUAUGAAGCUCGGCGACGGCCUCUUCUUGAGGUGCGUCGAGGAAACUUCGCAGAUGUAUCCGCAGAUUACCUUUGAUUCAAUGAUUAUCGACAACACCUGCAUGCAGCUGGUUUCUCAUCCACACAAGUUCGACGUCAUGGUCAUGCCUAAUCUGUAUGGCAACAUUAUUGACAAUUUGGCCUCUGGUCUCGUCGGUGGCGCCGGCAUCGUCCCAGGCGCCUCCUACAGCACUGACUGUGUCAUCUACGAGCCUGGAGCUCGCCACACCUUCGGUGAGGCUGUCGGCAAGAACAUUGCCAAUCCAACGGCCAUGCUUCUCUGCUCGGUGAAGCUCCUCAGGCACGUCAACUUGCACGACUACGCUGAUAUCAUUCAGAACGCGCUAACCAAGGUGAUCAAAGAGGGAAAAGUUCGCACCCGAGACAUUGGCGGCUAUGCUUCCACCACUGAUUUUACUCUUGCCAUCAUCUCCAACUUGAACUAA